AUGGGUCUGUCGCAGAUUACACCAACAAUGUCUACGCAGAGGCUGAUCGACCGUGAUGAGCGCACUCGCCAGAAACCCAUGCUUGUCCUAGUCCUGGGCAUGUGUCGCACGGGGACAACAUCCAUCGCCAUCGCGCUCCGCAAACUAGGAUAUACUUCACAUCAGAUGCGCGACGUUCUUGCCAAAUCAUCCGAACUUGCACUAUGGGAAGAAGCCGUCAACGUUACUCUGUUACCAUCCCAAGACCGGCCUGCAAACCAACGGAAGAUGGAACCCUACGGCAAAGAAGAGUUUGACAAACUUCUAGCCAACUACGACGCUGUUAUGGACCUACCUGGCUGUGUAUUUGCGUCGCAAUUGGUAGAAGCCUAUCCGGACGCUAAAGUCAUCUUGACAAAGAGGAAGUACGAAGACUGGGAACAGAGUAUGCAAGAGAGCAUAUGGUGUCUUGAUACGUGGCGACUCUUCACAGUUUGUCGACAACUCAACCUCACACAGCUGGCUCCGUUGAUGCGACUCGUACACUCGGUGUUUCAAGUGCACAGUAAUAACAACUACGGUGGUCCUGCGGCGAAAGCAGCUUUUAACAAGCAUUACGAUACUGUUCGAUCACUGGUACCCAAAGACCGCUUGCUGGAGCUUGACACCGAUGAGGAUUUGGAUUGGGAGCCCCUUUGCGAUUUCUUAGGCAAAGAAGUACUGAAAGGAAAUUUCCCAAGAGCGAGCGAGGAGAAGGCUAUGCGCAAGAGCCUCGAGAAUGCGUGGUGGGGUAUGGUGCUGUACUUCGUUUCAAUGGUUCUGUUUCCCGGUGGUGUGGUGUUUGGCUCAUAUCUGCUAUAUACACAUGCAGAUGAUUUGAGGGCAUAUCGAGAUGGGUGGUUGAUGGUAGCAAAGAAGUACAUGGAUACAGGGGAAUUGUGA